AUGACCGUGGAUACUGCGGCCGUAUCAGAAAACAAGAAGAAUAAUCUAUCCAUCACGAAACGAGAUCGACGAGAUGUCAUUCGGCAGGUGAGAGAAAUCACCGGGCUCGAUGAAAAUUCGAUCAAUCAAACAAUUGAAGCAUGCAAAGAUGGAACUGGACGAUACUCACUUGAACAAGUGAUUAGCUUAUUGUUCGACGAUUCAAGUCUAAGAAAUAAUCUUCAACGAACGGCACAAGCUACCAAUAGCACAUCUCCGCCAGCAUCUAAUCUACCUGUAAAUAAUCCAUCGGCCGCAGGCCCGACUUAUGAUCGAAGCAAUGACAUAAUCACGGAUGAUGUCAUUGAACUUUCACCAGAGAUCGAUAAUCAACAACCAGCUGAUGAUGAAUUGGAACGUGCAUUGCUUCUAUCACGUGAAACAAUGGAACAAAUGAUCGAUGAAUCAGAUAUAGCGAAAAGAAAAUCUCUCGAUGAGCCAGCAGGUUUAAAAAAUGUUGGCAAUACAUGUUGGUUCAAUUCUAUUGUCCAAUCUCUUUACACACUACCGUAUUUUCGACAAUUGAUUUUGAAUUUUCAAUGUCCGACGAUCAAUCACUCGUUAACCGAUAGUGAACAACAAGCUCUGUAUUUCACAGAAGAAUUACGAUAUUUAUUUGCAUUGAUGUUGAAGUCACCACGACGAUCAAUUAAUCCUGAUCGUGCGAUCAAGAAAUUCAAGAAUACAAGAAAAUUAUGUGGUGUAGACUUCUCACAUGAAGACUGUUCGGAAUUUGCAACACAUCUUAUCGAUCUUGUCGAACUUGCAUAUGAAACAAUUGGAAAAAAUUUAUUAAACAUUGAUAAUACGGCAUCGAUUAAUUGUAUUAAUCCUAUCAAUACACUGGUUACAGGUGAAGUGAAUGUCGAAAGAAAUGAACAUACACCAAUUCGAGAAGCUUUAAGACAAAUAAAUAUUCAAAUGAUCGGCUCAACUAACAUAUACGACGGUCUUGAAACACUUUGGCUUGGUUCAGCUGAUGAAAGUCUUUCUAGUCAACAAAUCAUAACUGAGCAACGAUGGCUAACACGAUUGCCACCUGUACUAUUCAUUUGUUUGAAUCGUUACCGGUUUUCCCAAGCGACUAAGCAAACGUCGAAAAUCAUCGCACCAUUUGAAUUCUAUCCUGAGCUUUAUCUCGAUCGAUACAUGUUAGUGAAUAAGAACAUCAUUUUGAAUAAGCGUAAUAUUGCAAAGAAUCUAUAUGCUCAAUUGCAUGAACUGGAAUCGACGUUGAACAGUUAUUUGAAAUAUCCAUGUAAUGAUGAAUCGUUUGCACUUGCCAAUGCAAUUCGUGUUGUGUAUGAAUUUGCUACUGGUUGUCGACUCAAUCCGACAUUACCGAAAAGAACUGAUCAAGUUACACUUGAUCAAAAUACGACUAGUCGUUCUCGACAACAUUCGUCAGUUCCAAUUCAACCAUCACACAUAUCAUCCGAAGAACUUCAAUUCAUUCAAAACACUUUGCCAACGUGGUUAACUGAAGUUGAAGCCAAAUGUGCCGGUAUUCGAGAAGAGAUUCGCCGUGUUAAAAGCGAACUAAAACAAUUAUAUGACGAAGCCCAGCUAAAACAAAUGCGCUAUACAUUACACGCUGUUUGUGUACAUGAAGGAAGUGCAACACUUGGACACUUUUGGACAUAUGUCUAUCAUACUGAUCGACAAAAAUGGUAUCGCUACAAUGAUAAUGAAGUUUGUGAAACUACUUGGAACGAUGUGUUUGAUGCUGGAAUUGGCGGUCAACGAACACAAAACGAUCGUGACGAACCUCGUGUACCUAGUGCAUAUCUAUUAGUGUAUAUUAAUGCUGAUCAAAAAUUAUUAUCGAAUGAUAUUCAAUUUGAGCUUCCGCCUGAUCUUCAAAGAGUUCUUGACGAUGAUUUAGUUCUGUUACAACAACAAAUAGAAAGUGUUCAUCUCGAGCAACUUCACAAUGAAUUGAAGACCGUGUGUGAACGAAUUGAAAAACAACAACCGAUUCAUCGUGCUCUGGCCAUUCCGUUUUUUGCUGGACCAAAUGCACCUUCCGAUUCGGAGAUUAUCAAACCUGUACUUGAUUCAACAUUGCGUAUUCUAAAAGCCUAUGCACCUCGAAUCCUAUCUGUCGAAAUCGAUCGAUUGCUUCAGGAAAUUGUUGAUAAAGAAAUCAAAAUAUAUUCACAUACAGCAAAUAUCAUUACGUCAGCAUUACCUCAUAACGAUUAUCGUUUGCAACAUGUCUUGUCUUAUUUCUCAGCCAAUCGUGUCGGAACUAUCUAUCGACAACGUGCAAUGUAUGAUAUAAUUCGACUUACAUCUAUUCCGAAUGAUGAUACAAGGUUAAGAAUAUUCAAACUUCAAGCACAAAUUGUUUGUAAUGAUAUGCAAAUGUCCAACGAUGAGGUUCAGGAAUAUCAAAAACUUUUGACGGAUUACAAAGACUUUCGAUCAGUCAUUGCUGCAUUUCUAGCUGGAUGUCAAUUGAUGAACGAAGAUAAAUUCGAAGAAGCGAUAACUUAUUUCUGUGUGGCUUGUGAAUAUAAUUUACGUCUUUCCAAACAGUGUACAUUGCCCAUGCGAGCAAUGGAUAGUUGUCUACUAUUUCGAGCGCGUCGUUUGUGUUUUGAAAGAUGGAAUGAUGUUGUAAUUAAUCGUUUUAAAACUGAUCCAGAAUAUCGUCUCGACACAAUGACACACCAAUUUCUUCCAUGUCUAAUGCAAUUGAAGCUUAGUUCCGAGGAAGAUCAAGCUUAUAUCACAGAAAUUCAACGUAUAUGGUGUUUAUUACUUGAUAAAAUUGAACCGACAGAAAGAACAUUAUCCUUGGAGGAAUUUCUCCAACGAUUAUUGGAACAACCGAUCGGUCAACAUUACCAUUCAGUGUCAAUUAAUAAACAUCAACUAGUUGAACGAUAUGAUGAAGCUGUUAGAGAUCUUAUUCAUCGUUAUCCCUCAUUCUCUGGCAACACUGUCGAACAACAACAAUCACAAUCUCCUAAUCGAUCAAACAGAGCGUCAGUUUCAAUUCCAGUUGUUAUACAUCAUCAUCAUCAACAACCACAACAGCAACAUCAUCAUCCUACACCUGAAAUGAUGCCUAUUAUUGAUCCACGUGGUUCAUCACCCAUGCAACAAGGCGAUGACGAACAAGAUCCACCUUUGCCGCCCUCAUCAUCAUAG